GAUAUCACUCUUCUCCACGCUACUUUCAUCUUUGCAGCCCAAUAUUAAGAACAUCAACAAUCUGUCCACUUCCAUCAUCUUUCAAAAUGUCGGAGCAACCCCUGACUCAUUACAUCACCGUAACCCGUGAGAUCAACGCCCCAAUCGGCGAAGUCUGGGGUCUUGUCGCUGCCUUUGGUGGUGAGAAAGCCUGGUACCCUGGCUGUCUGAAACUCAGUCUUAAGGGUUUUGGAAUCGGAAGCAUUCGCACCUUUUCAUAUGAGUACCCAGCCGGAAAGAACAAAGGCAAACGAUACGAGUUCUCUGAGGAGAUGACGGCAUACGACGCCGACAAUCAUUCCAUGACCUUCAGGGUCAGACGACCCGAUUAUCCAGAUAUGAUUGCUUUUGGAACCACUGUGUUGGACCCCAUUGGAUCGAACAAGACGCGCUUUCGUUGGAUUGCGGAGGGAAGUCCUGUGCCGGAAGAGUAUAUGGGCAUCUUGAAGGAGGAUCUGGAUGAGCGUUUCAAUGGCCUCAUCACCGCCAUAGCUCAGCAAGUAGAGUAGUCUAUUCAGAGGCAGACAAACAACAGACUACCAUGACAACC